UAUUAGAAGAGAUGGGGCAUUACAAUAACUAGCAAUCAGGAUUAUAUUGGAAAUCUUCAUGAGGGAAUGUAUGGGGACACUGAACAAAAUUAGUUCAGAAAUAGAGAAAAGUAUCACUUAUUUCCAGAAACAAGAGCAGUGCGGUGGCUCUUCGAAGUGAUUACUUUUUAAAACAUGGAAAGUGAGAAACACUUAUCUUUAGCAAGCCUAAAAACCACACAAGACAAUUCAGUGACAUCCUGUAAGAAUGAUGAAAGCAAAAGUCUCUCCGUAAGUGAAGAAAGCAGUGAGAGAAGCACAAUGGAGAGGAAAAGUCUUCCCAUGGACCACUGUUCAGAGAACCUUCAAAAGAAUCUUGUGUCUGAGGUAUCAGAACGAACCUCGCCCUUUUUAGGUGGUGAGGCAAAGUGCCAAAAUGGCCGGUUCAAAGACUCCUCAGACCCCAUUGACUAUAAGUGCAAAGACAUUUAUGGUUGUAAAUCAAAGGCAGUCAGUCGGAGUCAUCAUCAGGCUCCCACGAACCAGCGUUGUGACUGUGAAGAAACACAUACCACCUACGCAGACUGUCAACCGAGUGAGAAAGUUCACACUGCUGAGGCAGUGUACAAAUGUUGGUGUAGUCAGGCCUUUGGUGAGAGCUCAGCACUACAGCUCCGUCCGAGUGACCACAUGGAAGAGAAACCUUACAAAUGUGAGCAGUGUGCAAAAGGCUUCACCAGGAGCUCAAGCCUCCUCAUCCAUCAGGCUGUCCACACAGAUGAGAAACCUUACAAGUGCGACAGGUGUGGAAAAGGCUUCACCAGGAGUUCCAGUCUGCUCAUUCAUCACACAGUUCAUACGGGUGAGAAACCUUAUAAAUGUGACAAGUGUGGGAAAGGCUUCAGUCAGAGCUCCAAGCUGCACAUUCACCAGCGCGUGCACACUGGUGAGAAGCCCUAUGAGUGCGGGGAGUGUGGGAUGAGCUUCAGUCAGCGCUCCAACCUUCACAUCCAUCAGCGAGUCCACACAGGAGAAAGGCCCUACAAGUGUGGAGAGUGCGGGAAGGGCUUCAGUCAGAGUUCAAACCUUCACAUUCACCGUUGCAUCCACACAGGAGAGAAGCCCUAUCAGUGCUAUGAGUGUGGGAAAGGCUUCAGUCAGAGCUCAGACCUCCGCAUCCAUCUCAGAGUCCACACAGGAGAGAAGCCCUAUCAUUGUGGCAAAUGUGGGAAGGGCUUUAGCCAGAGCUCCAAACUCCUCAUCCACCAGAGAGUACAUACCGGAGAGAAACCCUAUGAGUGCAGCAAGUGUGGGAAGGGCUUCAGUCAGAGCUCCAAUCUCCACAUCCACCAGCGGAUUCACAAGAAAGAUCCUCAUUAAAUGGUACCGUCAAUCACGGCGCUAAUACAAU